AGGGGCUUGUGCAGUCACAGCAGCUGCAGCCACACGGCUCAAGUCUCUGCCUCGGGAAGCAUCCACCUUCUUCACCUGGGACCCCACCUGCUCUCCAAACCAGAGAUGAUCAGGGAGCAACACGAGGUGUCUGUGCUGGGGGAUCACCAGAACCCAGGGCCCGUGAUGUCCACCGUGGUCAACAUCCAGACUGACACAGUGGUGCCCGACCACAUCGUCUGGUCCCUGUUCAACACCCUCUUCUUCAACACCUGCUGCCUGGGCUUCGUGGCGUUCGCCUUCUCCGUGAAGUCUAGGGACCGGAAGAUGGUGGGAGACGUGAUUGGAGCCCGGAGCUAUGCGUCCACCGCCAAGUGCCUGAACAUCUGGGGCGUGGUCCUCGGCAUCUUUAUGACCAUCGGACUCAUUGUUCUCCUGGUCUUUGUGCUCCCGGGAGUCAUGCAGGCCGUGAUGCAUAACACAGGCUUUUAGUCGCCGCCAUGGCAGGUGACCAAGUCCUCCCCACCCCCUGCUGGCCCUCCCGGGCGCCCACCCCUUUCCCCUGCACCUGUGCACACACCUGUCUGCAGCUGAGCUCAAUAAAGUGCACCUGUGCGUGACAA